UGGGGGGACUCUUAUUUUGUUAGGGGGACCGGGCCGAGGCCCGACCGGCCUGGCAGGGCUUGCCCGGGGCCGGGGGUCAUGUCUCAUGCUGCCGAGCCAGCUCGGGGAGGCAUAGAGGCCAACAAGGAGGGCCCUCGAGCCGUGUUCGUGCUGUUGGAGGAGCGCAGGCCGGCCGAUUCCGCCCAGCUGCUCAGCCUGAACUCUUUGCUUCCGGAAUCUGGGAUUGUUGCUGACAUUGAAUUAGAAAACAUCCUUGAUCCUGACAGCUUCUACRAGCUCAAAAGCCAACCCCUACCCCUACGCUCCAGCCUCCCAAUAUCACUGCAGGCCACACCAACCACCCCAGCUACACUCUCUACAUCGUCUUCUGCAGGGGGCUCCAGGACCCCUGCCAUGUCGUCAUCUUCUUCAUCCCGGGUCUUGCUGCGGCAACAACUCAUGCGGGCCCAGGCACAGGAGCAGGAGAGGCGUGAGCGUCGCGAACAGGCUGCAGCUGCUUCCUUCCCCAGUCCUGCACCUGCCUCUCCUGCCAUCUCUGUGGUUGGUCCACCACCAGGGCCCACCAGUGCCCAGCCGCUGCCUGCCCCUGAGGCUGCUCACACCACUGGUCCCACAGGCAGCGCUCCCAACAGCCCCAUGGCACUGCUCACCAUCGGGUCCAGCUCAGAGAAGGAGAUUGAUGAUGUCAUUGAUGAGAUCAUCAGCCUGGAGUCCAGUUACAAUGAUGAGAUGCUCAGCUACCUGCCUGGAGGCACCGCAGGGCUGCAGCUCCCCAGCACGCUGCCUGUGUCAGGGAAUCUGCUUGACGUGUACAGUAAUCAGGGUGUGGCCACGCCAGCCAUCACUGUCAGCAACUCCUGUCCAGCUGAGCUGCCUAACAUCAAACGGGAGAUCUCUGAAACCGAGGCAAAGGCCCUGUUGAAGGAACGCCAGAAGAAAGACAAUCACAACCUGAUUGAGCGUCGCAGGCGAUUCAACAUUAACGAUAGGAUCAAGGAGUUGGGCACCCUCAUUCCCAAGUCCAAUGACCCAGAGAUGCGCUGGAACAAGGGCACCAUCCUGRAGGCCUCUGUGGAUUAUAUCCGCAAGUUGCAGAAGGAGCAACAGCGCUCCAAAGAUCUGGAAAGUCGACAGCGGUCCCUGGAGCAAGCCAAUGGCAUCCUGCAGCUUCGAAUUCAGGAGCUAGAACUGCAGGCCCAGAUCCAUGGUUUGCCAGUGCCUCCCACCCCAGGGCUGCUCUCCCUAACCACAACUUCAGCCUCUGACAAUCUGGAGUGA